GUUGAAGGCGUUCAGAUGACGUCAUGCGUUGAAGAUGGCGGAAGGUUUGCUGUUGAUGAAUUGAUGAGUCUCGGUAUGUGUGACGGUCUCAGGGAAGGAGUCUGGUGGGGAGGCUGGUUUCAGCAGAGCUUCCAGUCCAUCAAAGAUAAAUCAUCUGAAGCCAUCGAGUUCAUCAAAAGGGAUUUAACAGAGUUCUCGACCGUAGUGCAGCAUGACACCGCCUGCUCCAUCGUCGCCACGGCCAACGCCGUCAAGAGCAAGCUGGCCGUGGAAGGUUCUUCCGAGACCACGGAGAAGGUGAAGAAGAGCCUUUCUAACAUACUGGGGGUGAUUACGGACACGCUCGCGCCUCCGCCUGACAUGACCAUCGACUGCGAUGUAAUCACUCUGGUAGCCACGCCGGCCGGAACCACUGAGGUGUACGACAGCACCAAGGCUCGACUCUACACUCUUCAAGCCGACCCUGCUACGUACUGCAACGAGCCCGACGGUCCUCCAGAGCAGUUCGACUCAUGGCUUUCCACUUUCAGCCUGGAUGAGAAGAAAGCUGAAAUCUCAGAGCUGCUGGUGAACAGCCCCUCUAUUCGAGCCCUCUACACUAAAAUGGUUCCAGCAGCUGUGGCGCACUCUGAGUUUUGGCAGCGCUACUUUUACAAAGUGUAUCAGUUGGAUCAGGAGGAAGCCAGGAGAGUAGCACUAAAACGGCGAGCAGAGGAAACCACUCAGUCUGAGAGUCUGGGUUGGGAGGAGGAAGAGGAAGAUCAGUUCCUCGGAGCCUCGUCUCCGUCUCGCUUGGACUUCGCUCCUCCUCCGGUAGUCACAGAGAGCGGAGCUUUGUGCGCCGCCUCAUCCUCCUCCGAGGUGCCGCGUUCCCAUGGCGACACCACGUCCGACGUCACUCCGUCGGUCAGCAGCGACAGCGUCAGUUUCCCGACGCAGCUGGAGAACCUUCCGGACAGUUGCCCCAAGGCACCACACCAGGACGAGAAGCAGAAGAGCACUGUCGGUGCAGAGGGAGCUGGGAGAAAAGAGGGAGUGAGGGAACAGGAAGCAAGGAAAGAGGACGGAGUGCAAGACCUGCGUGUGUUUGAGCUGAACUCUGACAGCGGCAAGUCCACGCCAUCCACCAACGGCAAGAAAGGUUCCAGUACAGACGUGAGCGAGGACUGGGAGAAAGACUUUGACCUGGAUAUGACUGAGGAAGAGGUUCAGAUGGCUCUGGCCAAAGCCGACGCCACUGCAGAGUUUGAAGACGAGGACUGGGAGAACUGGGACUGAAGAGUCAGAGCCUGACGACCAUGUUAGAACUUCGCCGUUUUUCCAAACGAUCCCCUGCGCUUUAACUCUCGAAACUCUCAAGUCCACACCCACAAUUUCUCAUUCAGCCAAUGGGAGCAGGCCGCUGGCCUCGAGCGGGAGUUUCACUUCAGAGCUGAAUUCAUUCACCUUCCAACAAGCCGCCGUUUUCUUUUCGUUUUGUUUUGUUCUUUUCAGGGGAAGACUUGGCUUUAGAGCAGACGUGAGAGCUGAACAGAACACGGAAAAAAAAAAUACUAAUCAUCCCAGAGAUUGAGGUAUUGAUGAUGUUGUUAUGGAAGAUGACGCCUAAUCUUACAGAAUGUCAUUCGUUGUUUUGUUUUUUUUUUCGCUAAGAGCGGGAAACACCGAUAUAUCAGCUUCCGGGGCUUCGUCCAGUCAGUAGCUGUACUCUGAUCUGUGUAAUUUAUGUCACGUCGUCGUGUUUCCUUCUUCGAGUACGUCAUCAGCUGGCUUUAGGUUGUUUGUUUUUUAUCAUUGUUUCUUCUUCGUCUACGAAGUGCUAACUUCUCUAAUCUUAUGCAAGUGAUUGAAUUAGCAUAAAGUACGUUCUGCCUUUUUUCAUAGACGACUAUUGGCACUUUGGUUUGACGGAUACGAUGCGCUCCGCGACUCUGUUCAGUGUUGUGUGGAAUGUUGGGGGGGCUGUCAUUUGUCACAAUGUUCAAACUGUUCAUAUUUGACUAAAGACAAACCGAUGAAAA